GAAACAGGUUUAGUAAGAUUGGAACUAACUCCGUGGUUGGUGGAUAAAGAUAUGACUAACUUGUCCAUGUGUUGAGAAACGAGCCCCUGGUGACUUAGUCGUUAGGUUACUGGUGACUUAAACAAUACCUCAUUGCGCUGUUGCAACAUGCACGGUUGUACUCUGUAUCUAUUGAUUUUUUAUUGCCAUUAAAAUCCCUGUGGAGGGGGAAAAAGAUUAUAAAAAAAGAGUUGUCCUAUUAAUGGAUUUUCUUUUCUUAAAUGUAUGUAUGAUCAUCACAGAAGGUCAUGUGGUUAAAAUAUGCAUAAGCCUCAAAAAUGAAAAUUCUCCCAUGGAUUACUAUUUUAGCCGUGUAUUGAACUGAAACCCUAAGGAAAAUGCAAAUGAAUAUACCAUUCCACUAUUUUAGUGGAACAUUCUAGAGUGAUUGUGUAUUUUGACCAUGCCGGUCUAACAUAUAGCAAAGAUAGAAUAAGAGAUAUUUUCAAGAGAAAUGAAUUAGGGGUCGUUUGCUAAAUGAUGUCCCUUUGUAGAUGAUUUAGCCCCACAAGAACAUGGUCCCUGCCUGCGUAAAGAGUUACAUAAUUCACGCGAACGGCUUAAUAAAACACACGGCUGGAAUGGAAAUUAAAUCUAAUUGUGUCGCAUGGUUGUUACAUAUUAACUUAGUAACACGUUUCAGUGUAUUAUAUAUAGUACCCUGUCUACCCGUCUGUGGGUUGAUAUCAAUACCAUAAACUACCGCAUUAGUGGAAUUAUUAAUUUAUUACUUAUUCAUUAAAUCCUAGCUCAAAUGAGUGUUCCUGAUAAAUACUAUGUUAUGAAUUUCUUUUCAGCCGAGUUCUCUGUUAUAAGAUAUGGAAAGGAAGUACGUCGGUCUGUGUCUUGGACUAUCGAUGGCGAUGAAACUUGUUUAGAAUUUGAAGACAUAGUUUCACCUGAAUUAAACGAAGUUAUCUCUGCAUUGGUUCCAUUGUGCCAAGCAGUGCAACAUAUUAUCAUUGACUGUUAUAUGUUCGAUUGGUAUAUUCCUGCACAUGACACCAGACCUUUCAUUCCAAUGAGAUCAGUCCUCACCGUUUGCAUUAGCUACAGGUACUCCGGAUCCCCGGAUACACCAAUCCUAUCGAUUCUCAGUGAUUGUUUUCCAAAUGCAAAGAGUCUUGAGCUAUCUGGCGACAGUAGAGAUUUCACACACACUCGGAAAUACCAUUCCGACCCCCCACUGUCUUCCUGGAGACAGGUAAAAUUAGACUUGUGGAACGGACACUCAAGAGACUUCGUCACUCUGGAGACCAUCUUCCUCUCCCUUUCUUCUGCCUGUCAAAACAUAGAAUCACUCUUCAUCAAAAGCUCUAAUGCUUUCCAAUGGGGCAAGUCAAGCACAACCAUCAAAGCAUGUAAACUACCUUUUUUGACUGAUAUCCAUCUUGAAUCUCGUUGGCGUGAAGAGCACUAUACACUUCAACUGAUAAAAUACUUGCUAUAUGACGUGAAUCCUGGUUUGAAGUUUGUCAAAGUAGAAAGUGUACAGCUAGGAAACGUAGUAUUGGAGAGUGUUGAAUGGUCCCGAACAUCUUCAGAUUGUGGGUUGCAAAUUAAAGGAGCAUCAGCGGCUGUACCCAUAACUGAGUUGAUUGAUCUUACAACUAGUGACCUUAAAGAUGUUACUGUUCUUACACUUGUCAGUUGCAAGAUUAAUUUCGGUCAGUCUGAAAGUAAGUCCCCGAAGGAACUUGGUACACUGCGGGAAAUCAGGUUUGUUGGUUCAGCAAACCCACUUUCCGAAUCUGACAGGAACAAGCUUUCGGAGUUGUAUCCUAAUGUCAAAGUGACUGAAAAUCAGACGAGUCAUGAAUCAUUUGUAGAAUCCCAGGAGGGUGCAGGGAUACCUUCCAAGUUGGACAAAGCCUCCUCUCAAUCACUCAAGACAUCUGCCAUAGAUGAACUUGUUGAGGGUAAAGUCGAAUUUCAUGAAGAUACAGGCUCACAGAACCCUGAAGGUGGAGAAGAAGAAACCUCAUGGCAAGAAAAAGAAGAGGAAUUUGACGUGAACCAAGGAAGCCUGCCCCAUGAAUCAGUACCCGAUGAAGGAGAUGUCGAAACAACCAAGAAGGAGUGCUGCAAGAGAGUUGGAGCUGAUGGUGGCAGACUGCAGCUAGAGUCCUUUGGAAUUGAACUUGAGAUACCUCCUGGUGCAAUCAACAGCAAAGAGCCACAGGAAAUCUCUCUUCGUGUUCUGACCGAUACUCCUAAUGUUGGUGACACCAAAAAAGAGAUGUCAGUCUGCUUUGGUGUACAGUGUUUAGCUCCUGAUGACUUAGUCCUGAGGUCACCGGUGACUUACACAAUACCUCAUUGCGCUGUUGCAACACAGUACUCCGGUUUAGAGGCAGUCUUAUACACAGGAGAGGGGAAAUACUUGCCAAAUGCAGUUAUAAAGGAACGGAAAGUUCUUCCAAGGUCUGGAAUAAACAGCUGCAACAUUAUGAAGGACGUACUCAAACUCAAGACGGAUCAUUUUUCAUGGGCAAAGAUUAUGAUCAUGAUCAACAACUUCUUAUACGGGAAGAGACUAUGCUUCUUGCCGUUUAAAGAAAAUAAGCUGACCCUGACAAGAACACCUUUCAUCUUACAUGCCUACAUUUACGAUGAUGUGGAAGGUAACAAGAAGACUGUAAUGAGUGAUGAAGAGGAACUUGAAUACAAACCUGCUUAUGGUGAACAGCAUGUCACGAUUAAGGAGGCAGAAGUUGAUCUUAAAGUGACAUGUUUGAACGGCACAGAAGCAAAAAUUGCUAACAUACCCUACUGUAGACUAAUACAUGAAACCAAGAUAUGUGAAGCCUUCGACUUUGAGGUCCCAAAUCAGUCAAAGAGUGUUUUAGUUUGCAUGAAAGCCGGACAAACAGAAGAAGUGGAGACCACAUGUAAAUUUCGGUUGGAUUUCUCAAUCCCCCAGAGUAAAGGGACCGCUUCUCAACUAGGAGUAGAACAUGGUGCAACAAGUUUACAGACGCAGCAGACAUCAAUUCAAAGAAGACAAGGAGACUUAGAGAUCAAUCCAGCUCCAGAGAGGGACUUUGAUGACAUCUUGAAAACCGUUGCAGAUAAAGUUGCCACACGGAAAGAGAUAGAUGAUCUAGGAAAGUCUCUUUGCUUUGGACCAGAGGAUAUCGGCCGUUUCGUUGAGGAGAACAUGAAAGAGACAGGGGUGUCGUAUAUGGGAACUCUUUCAAUGCUCCGUAAGUGGAGGAAAAAGCAAACAAAGAAUACAGAGCUGAAGGCCUUGCAGACUGCUCUAGAAGAGGCUGGUCAAAUCCAUCUCGCUGAUGAACUAUUUGGUAAAUGA